GGAAGUUCCGGUGGCGGAUCGCCGACCGGGCGGAGCUGAUAGCUGCGCGGGCUGCGAGAUCUAGGUGGCCGGGCGCGGAGCCCAAGCCGUGCCGCGCGGCGCCAUGAAGGGCAAGGAGGAAAAGGAGGGCGGCGCGCGGCUGGGCACUGGUGGCGGCGGCAGCCCUGAUAAGAGCCCGAGUGCGCAAGAGCUCAAGGAGCAGGGAAACCGGCUCUUCGUGGGCCGCAAGUACCCGGAGGCGGCGGCCUGCUACGGCCGCGCCAUCACCCGGAACCCACUUGUGGCAGUGUACUACACCAACCGGGCCCUGUGCUAUCUGAAGAUGCAGCAGCCUGAACAGGCACUUGCUGACUGCCGGAGAGCCCUGGAGCUGGAUGGGCAGUCUGUGAAGGCGCACUUCUUCCUGGGGCAGUGCCAGCUAGAGAUGGAGAGUUAUGAUGAGGCCAUUGCCAAUCUGCAGCGAGCCUAUAGUUUGGCCAAGGAGCAGCGACUCAACUUUGGGGAUGAUAUUCCUAGUGCCCUUCGCAUUGCUAAGAAGAAGCGCUGGAACAGUAUCGAGGAACGGCGCAUCCACCAGGAGAGUGAGCUGCACUCCUAUCUCACCAGGCUCAUUGCUGCUGAGCGAGAGAGGGAACUGGAAGAGUGUCAGCGGAACCACGAGGGUGAUGAGGAUGAUGGCCACAUCAGGGCCCAGCAGGCCUGCAUUGAGGCCAAGCACGAUAAAUACAUGGCGGACAUGAAUGAGCUCUUCUCUCAGGUGGAUGAGAAAAGAAAGAAGCGAGAUAUCCCUGACUACUUGUGUGGCAAGAUCAGCUUUGAGCUGAUGCGGGAACCCUGCAUUACACCCAGUGGCAUCACCUAUGACCGCAAGGACAUUGAGGAGCACCUGCAGCGCGUGGGCCAUUUCGAUCCUGUGACCCGGAGCCCUCUGACCCAGGAACAGCUCAUCCCCAACUUAGCCAUGAAGGAAGUCAUUGAUGCUUUCAUCUCUGAGAAUGGCUGGGUAGAGGACUACUGAUACCCCAUGUCCUGCCUGGCACCCUGGCCCAGGAGGGUCUGGAGGCAGAAGCUCCAGUCCCUGUAUAUAGUUUGUGUCCCUGGGCCUGCCCCCAUCGGUCCUGAUGAUGGGUUCUGAACUGCUCCCCUUCUCAGCAUAUCCCUUGCUGGGCCAUGAGCCUCCCUUGUCUCCCUUCUGGGCUGGAGAGCUGGUGAGGGUGGGUUGCUGCUGCUGCUGCCACUGUCCUGUAAUAAAGUCUGUGAGCACUA